CAGUACAGACAAAGUUGCUAAUGGAACGAUAUGGUGUCAAAAAUGGAAGAAGCAGAUGACCCGAUGCUUAGAUGGAAAAACAGAGAUGUGGAAAUGCAAAGUUAUUCUUAUAGUAUCUCCAGCGAGGAAGAAAGCGGUUCUGUUUUCGAUAUAGAGCAAAGAACAAGAACUAAACCUUAUCAAGAAAUAUGGAAUGCAGAUUCUAUAUGGGAAAGUCUUAUGCAUUUGAAUGAAUCAGAAGAAAUAAAUGAACUAUUACUUAAAGACGAUGUCAGAAAGGCUAUCCAUACGAACAAAAAUACUGCUCUACUCAUUUCCUCGUGGACAGGAAAUGCGACUGCAUUAAAAACAAUUAUAGAAGCCGGACCGUUUCUAGAAAAAACCGAUGAAAAUGGAAGGACAGCAGUCCACUUGGCAUCUUACGGCGGGAAAAGUGAAUGUUUAAAGCUAUUACUAGACGCAGGUUGUAACAUCAACGCCUACGAUCACAGCAAGCAGAUAACGCCUUUACAUUGUGCAGCAGGCGCGGGAGAUUUGACAUGCAUAAAGAUCUUGAUAAAAAGAGGAGCGGGCAUCAACGCAGGUUUAAACAGUGGAAAUUUUAGACCUCCGUUAUAUUUUGCUGUACUAAGCAAUGCUACCGAAUGUGUGAAAGAGUUGUUACAAAAUGGAGCAAUUCCAAAUACUUGCCAGAUUUUUAGUGAAACUCCUCUUCACGUAGCAUCAGCACUGGGAAACUCUGCAGUAGUCGAAGUUCUUCUGCGUUAUGGAGCUGCCAAAGAUGUGCAAUGUGGGAAUGAAAAAAUGACUCCACUCCAUCUGGCUGCAGAAGAUGGAGACGAAAACUGCGUUAAUUUGCUUCUAAACGCCGGUGCUAAUAUAGCUGCGAAAAACUACAAAAAUCAAACACCUUUGCAUUUAGCAGCUCUAUCCCAAUGUACAGAAACAAUUGCAAUCCUGUUGAAAAAAGGUGCAGAUCCAAAUGCUACCGAUGUGGAUGGAAGAACUCCGUUGCAUAGUUCGAUUGUAAAAGCUUCCAGGUCUUGCGAAGCCGUAAGACUACUACUAAGCGCAAGACCUAACGUAAACAAACCAGAUAUUUUUGGUUAUACUCCUCUCCAUUUAGCAGCUCUAAAUGAGUAUGCGCACUGCGUUAUGUUAUUAAUCAACCACGGUGGGGAUGUAACUGCAAGAACUAAUGGCGGAAUAUCAGUUCUUACUUUUAUAACCAGGAAGACCCCAGACGUGAUUGAAAAAUACAAAUCUAAAUUCGACUACUCUAUAAAACUAAUAGACCACGAGUUGGGUGACAUUGAUUGCGAAUUAAAAUUAGAUUUCACAGUUCUUGUACCUACGGUUGGUAACAAAGAAACGGAACUUCUUUUGAACUUUAUAGAAGUGGGCCAUAAGGAAAUUCUCAAACAUCCGCUGUGUGAAACGUUUUUAUUUUUAAAAUGGAGGCGCAUUAGAAAGUUUUUCCUUUUCAGUUUAUUUUACCAUUCCCUUUUUGUAUUCUUGUUUACCUUUUAUACGGUAGGUGUAUUUCUUCGAAAUUGCCCAUCUGCCAAAAGCCAUGUCGAUCCUUGCUGGGUACCAGAAUAUGUCAAGACUGUCGGUUAUGUGCUAUUAAUUCUGAAUUUAUUAUUGUUAGCUAAAGAAUUAUUUCAGAUAGCCCAUUCGUGGGUCACGUAUGUAAGACAAUGGGAGAAUGCCCUCCAGUGGUUUAUUAUUUUUGGAGUGUUUUGCUGUGUCCAACCAACCACCAAUAUGAAUGUAGAACAGGAUGUAUAUAAUUGGCAGCACCAUGUGGCAGCUAUUAGCAUAUUUGUCACUUGGGUCGAGUUAAUGAUGAUAGUUGGAAGGUUUCCUGUAUUCGGUUUGUAUAUUCAAAUGUUUACAACAGUUGCGGUAAAUUAUGCUAAGUUUAUGCUGGCAUAUUUUUGCUUAUUUCUGGCAUUCUCUUUAAGUUUCGGCGUCAUAUUCGCCAAUUAUAAAGCCUUUAAAGAUCUCAAAUGGGUACUGUUAAAAGUCAUAAUAAUGAUGUCAGGAGAAUUAGAGUUUGAAGAUGUAUUUUUUCCCGAUGAUAAAGAAGAGCAAAUCAAAUAUCCUGUUACAGCACAUUUAAUGUAUCUAUGUUUUGUAAUCUUGGUGACGAUUAUUUUAACGAAUUUAAUAGUCGGUCUGGCAGUUAGCGAUAUUCAAGAAUUACAGCAAAGUGCUGGAUUAGACAGGUUAGUUAGACAAGCGGAGUUAGUAGCUCACUUGGAGAGUAUGUUGUUUUCCAAACUCUUGACGUGCAUACCUUACAAGGUGAUGAAAUUUUUACACACCAAAGCAUUGCUUCUUAGAUCUCAGCACCAUUGGGCUUUAUAUAUACGGCCCAAUGAUCCAAGAGAAGAACGAAUACCACAAGACUUGAUUAAACAUAUUUAUCAAUUAGUAGUGGCGCGGAGAGAAAAACCAAAAAAGAAUCGACGAAUGAAAUCCGACUAUUAUUACGACGUUAUUUCUCCUUCGCUCUCAAGACUGAGUUCUUAUAACAGCGAUGGGGGAAAGUACGGCAGUAGAAAUCAAUUAACAAAUCUGAAAGCUCAAGUUGACGAAGUAACAAAAGCUUUUCAUGAACACAAUAAGAUGAUGAGACACAAGAUUGACAAAAUAUACAUGGCUCUAAAUGGUACUAAAUAAUUUCUGACGAUAUUUAGGCCUAUUCUGUAACUACAAAAUGAAAUGAGUCCAAUCGAAUAGAGGUCAGCAAGUCGGAUCGGAAUUUGUGGGAAUUGAUAUUCUGUAACUCUUCUCGACCUCUACUAUCGGAACUUUGUUGGGUAGAAAUUUAUUUCGAGUAGACAAGCCCUGUCGAGAUCACAUUUCGACAUCGUAAUUGGUUUUGACGUUUACGUAUUGGCAUUUUUAUUGUUGUUUUGACAUUUAUUUGUUAAAUAAAUUGGCGAUAUUAGUCUGUGUUGUUAUUUAUUUAGAUAACUGUAUAUUUAAUUUUAUAUACCAAUAAUUAUACAGCAUCAAGGUUAAUAGAAAUCAUUAAACAUUUUAAAAAUUGCUACUCUAAUUAAUUUACUGGUAGAAUGUGUAGAUUUGAACGUAUCUAGUGUGUUUCAAACGAAACGCCAAAAUUUUUCUUAGGGAAAAAACUUACUUUUACCGUGCAAUUAUGUUCAGAGAUAAAGUCUACUAUAUAAUUUAAAUGCUCAGCAGAUGUUUUUUCUUUGGUGUUCGUGUUCCCAGCGGUGUUCCAUUUUUUUCUUUUGUGUUUUAAUUUGUCUAACUUAACCAAAACCAUCGAAAACAAAUCAAAAUUUCUUCUUAUUUUGAUGAACUUUUCGCACAAAACACUUAUUUCACUUUGAAGUACGGUGUUGCCACCUCCUCCUGAGCGCGUCAAAUAGAAGUGGGCGUUUUCGAUUUACACUGAAGACGAUGUGUGUCCAAUAUCAAAUAUUCAUUAUUCAUAUCCGAUAUUGAACAGUAUAUUUUUAUCACCCCGUACAUCACACGAACCAAUUUGUUUUCAUAUUUAAACAUGUGCUGAAUAUUGCAUUUGUUUAAUUGUUGCAAUUUAUAAACAAUAUUUUGGCAAUGGACAUAAUUUAGCUGACUAAUUAAACUUGUUGUCGUGUGAGGCAUGACCCAAUUCAUGUUGCCAACAAGAAAUAAUAAUAAUAAACUGCCUUUAUCUUUAAGAAAUAAUACAUUUUAGAAUCAUUCUCAAGAAUCACUUCAACCAGGCAAGAUGUGCCUUUAACUUCACUCACUAGAAUCAAUAUGUAGUAUCAAAAAGAGUCUUCAACUAAAUCGCGUACAAGUCACGGUCAGUACUCAACGUUCUUCCGGGGUAACUACCCUAGUGUCGGUUUUAUAAAUAAAUUCUUUAAUUGCUAUUGGUGUUUCGCUAAUCUGAAGUGCAUCCUACACUGAGCCACGAAGAUCAUACAUUGUGAGUUACGAAAUGCCAAUCCAAACACGAAAACGACGCAAUAGAUAUCUAACAUUCCGAUUUCGGGUCAUUACGAUUCGACUGGAUCAUUUCUAUUUCAUUUGUUAAAAGUUACAGAAUAGAGCUGAUUGAGUGCGUCACGAAGCUGUAUUUUUGUAAAAAAACUAGAUUAGUAGUUGAAGAUUUGUAUUUAAAUUUUAUUAUAUUAUGAUUGUAAAUAAAGUUAUUUAAAACA